AUGAAAGAAGCUUAUAUAAUUCAAGGGUUUACCCAAGCCUCAUUAAAUCGUAGCGCUGAGGCAUCCUCCUCCACCCUCACCCGUAUCCUCCUCCACCCUCACCCGUAUCCUCCUCCACCCUCACCCGUAUCCUCCUCCACCCUCACCCGUAUCCUCCUCCACCCUCACCCGUAUCCUCCUCCACCCUCACCCGUAUCCUCCUCCACCCUCACCCGUAUCCUCCUCCACCCUCACCCGUAUCCUCCUCCACCCUCACCCGUAUCCUCCUCCACCCUCACCCGUAUCCUCCUCCACCCUCACCCGUAUCCUCCUCCACCCUCACCCGUAUCCUCCUCCACCCUCACCCGUAUCCUCCUCCACCCUCACCCGUAUCCUCCUCCACCCUCACCCGUAUCCUCCUCCACCCUCACCCGUAUCCUCCUCCACCCUCACCCGUAUCCUCCUCCACCCUCACCCGUAUCCUCCUCCACCCUCACCCGUAUCCUCCUCCACCCUCACCCGUAUCCUCCUCCACCCUCACCCGUAUCCUCCUCCACCCUCACCCGUAUCCUCCUCCACCCUCACCCGUAUCCUCCUCCACCCUCACCCGUAUCCUCCUCCACCCUCACCCGUAUCCUCCUCCACCCUCACCCGUAUCCUCCUCCACCCUCACCCGUAUCCUCCUCCACCCUCACCCGUAUCCUCCUCCACCUCACCCGUAUCCUCCUCCCUCCCCCGUAUCCUCCUCCAUCAUCCGUAUCCUCCAUCGUCACCCGUAUCCUCCUCCACCCUCACCCGUAUCCUCCUCCCUCACCCGUAUCCUCCUCCACCCUCACCCGUAUCCUCCUCCACCUCACCCGUAUCCUCCUCCCUCCCCCGUAUCCUCCUCCAUCACCCGUAUCCUCCAUCCUCAUCCGUAUCCUCCACCUCACCCGUAUCCUCCUCCACCUCACCCGUAUCCUCCUCUACCCUCACCCGUAUCCUCUUCCCUCACCCGUAUCCUCCUCCACCCUCACUCGUAUCCUCCUCCACUCUCACCCGUAUCCUCCUCCACUUCACCCGUAUCCUCCUCUACCCUCACCCGUAUCCUCCACCUCACCCGUAUCCUCUUCCUCCUCCACCCUCACCCGUAUCCUCCUCUACCCUCACCCGUAUCCUCCUCCAUCCUCACCCGUAUCCUCUAUCCUCCCCCGUAUCCUCCAUACUAAGUAA